AUGAAGAAGAAGAUGGGAUCGGUGCUCGGAUGGGCGGCCAGGAUUCUCCCGCAGUCCACCAGCGGCGGCAAGGGGCUCGGCGCGGAGCGGCGGAGCGAGAGCGAGGUGGAGCGGCGCGUGGUGGAGGCGCUGCGGCGGCGGAGAGAGGAGGAGGAAGCUUCCGGGAAGAAGCGCAUCGUGCAUUUCAAUACGCUGGUGAUGAAAUUUGCCAAGUCGGACGAGGCGUUCAAGCAAAUCCGCAAGCAGUUCGACCAGUACGACAAGGACGCGAGCCAAUCAAUUGACCUGGAGGAGCUUCGAACGUGCCUAUCAGCGCUGGGCGUGCAGAUAGAGGAGGAGGAGGUGAUGCAGCUGUACCGCGAGGCUGACAUGGACUGCUGUGAUGGCGUGCACUUCAAAGAGUUCAUUCUGCUGCUCGCGCUGCUCUACCUGCUGCAACCAAACGCGCACUUCGGUACACCAGAGGUGGAGGACGCGUUCGGGCUGAUAGCAGACGCGUUCAACUUCUUUGACACCACGGGGGAGGGCUUUCUCACACAGGCCAAGGUGCAGGCAGCCAUGACCACUGGCAGGGACUCCUCCCCCAGCCGCAUCGCUGGGCAGAGAUUUGCGGAGAUGGACUACAACACGGACGGGCAGUGCACGUUCAAGGAGUUCCUGUUCGCGUAUGUGGGGUGGGUGGGCACUGCGGAGGAGGAGGAGGACGAGGAGGAAGAGGAGAAGGAGGAGGAACGUAGCAAAACCCCUAAAACCCCAAAGACGCCCAAGUCCCCCAGCAAGUCUCCUAAGUCUCCCAAGUCGCCCCGCACUCCCAGGCAUUCGGGGGGGCAUAGAUGA